CUACGGAAGACGUAUGUUGAGAGGGGCAGUGCGGCGCUUGCAACACUCUUGACGGAGUCGUUCGAGACAUACGCAAUCGCACACGCAACGCCCAAAUCGGACCUCGCUCUCCAACAUUCUGUCGCCGAUGCACGAUACCCAGGGGAGUGGUACCCCGCCGCCCGCGAAAUGUCCCGUCACAUCACCCUCCACGUAGGUCCCACAAACUCCGGUAAAACCCACUCCGCACUAAACCGUCUCGCGUCCGCCGAACGCGGAUUGUUCGCGGGUCCCCUGAGACUGUUGGCGUUGGAAAUUUGGGAAAGGAUGAAUAAGAUGGGGGUCCCGUGUAAUCUUAUCACGGGGGAUGAGAAACGUGAGGUCGAGGGUGCCGGGAUCGUUAGUAGUACGAUUGAGAUGACGGAUUUGGAUCAUCCUUAUGAUGUCGCCGUUUUCGAUGAGAUUCAGAUGAUUGGGGAUGUUGAGCGAGGAGGGGGUUGGACGAAUGCGUUACUCGGUGUACGCGCAAAGGAAAUUCAUUUGUGUGGUGAGGAGAGUGUCGUCGAUUUAGUGACACGUUUGGCGGAGAGUGUGGGCGAUACGGUCGAGGUCAAGAGAUAUCAGAGGUUGGGUGCGUUGGAGGUACAGGAAAAGAGCUUGGAGGGUGAUUUGAGCAAGAUUGAGAAUGGGGAUUGCGUCGUUACUUUUUCCCGGAAGAAUAUCUUUGCGAUUAAGAGGAAGAUCGAGGAGAUGACGGGGAAACGGUGUGCGGUGAUUUACGGCUCCUUACCCCCCGAGACACGAGCAGCACAGGCAUCUCUCUUCAACGAUCCUGAUUCGGGGUUCGACGUGCUUGUGGCGAGUGACGCGAUCGGAAUGGGGUUGAAUCUGAGUAUCAAGAGGAUCGUGUUCGAGACCCUACAGAAAUGGGACGGCCAAAAACAAGUCCAGAUCACACCGCCGCAGAUCAAGCAAAUCGCAGGCAGAGCAGGCCGCUACAAACCCAACACCCGCACCUCCGAAUCCGCCGUAAUCGAGGAACCACUCACCGAGCCGAUCCCAGGAUACGUCACAACCCUCACCCCACGCGACAUGCCCGUCCUGGCCGCAGCCAUGAAAACCCCCGUCAAACAACUCCCGAAAGCUGGACUCCAGCCCGGGCCGGGAAUCAUGGGACGCUUUGGUGCACUCUUCCCGGUCGAGACGCCCUACAUGGUCGUCAUGAAACGGUUUUAUUCGAUGUUGAAGAUGAGUUCUUUGUAUUUCCCGUCUGUUGGGCAGAAUUUGUGGGAGACGGCGGGGGUUGUGAGUCGUGUCAAGGGAUUGACGUUUGAGCAACAUUGGAUUCUCUCUAUGGCUCCCGUCAAACUGACUGAUCCCCGUUCCGUUGCGGCACUCCUCGAUAUGGCACAGAAAAUCGCGACGGAGACGGAUGGCUCUAUCCUCGCCAUCCGCGGAAUCGACCUCGAGGCCCUCGAUGAUGGAAUGCCACGCACGACUGAAUCACUCCAACGGAUUGAAUCGCUGCAUCGCGUGUUGGGGAUGUAUACCUGGCUAUGCGCGAAAUUCCCCAAGGUACUCACUUCGGCUAGUGAAGCGACGAUGUUGAAGACGGUGUGUGAGGAGACGAUGGAUCAGGCGUUGAGGGAGUUGGCGUAUGAGAAGCUGAAAAGGAAAGAGGGGGCGUUGAGGGAGAGUGAGAGGUGGGGGUAUGCUAUGGAGAUGAGGGCGAUGCAGAGUAGGCAAUUCGGGGCCCGGGAUGGCCGGUCGGGUGGAGGUGGGCAGAAUUCUGUCAAGGACGACAUGGAGGACCCAGGCUUCUUUGGCGAUAGGCACGAAAGUCAUGGAAUGCCACGCAACACCCCGUUGCGCCCGAUCCUUAAGAGGGGAAAUUGGGCAAAGAAGUUGACUGUCUCUGCGCCGCAGGUGUCUGCGGCGGAGCAUUUGGUGCAGGCUUUGCGGAGGGCUGGUCCUCGGGCGCCGGCGCCGGCGCCGGCUACGGCUCGAGGAUACGAUAGGGAAAGCGAGCGGAGGAAGGCUACAUUUGAGGAGUUACCCGGCGAGACGCACUCGCGCGGGAAUAAGGGCAGGGGGAGGGCGUGA